UCAAGAGACCUGCUCCCGGGCUCCCCCUAGCGCAGAGGGCUCCUAAGGCUGCCCUGCCUGCCUUUCCCUCCAUCACGGAGAACAGUCACCGGCCUGGCUCGGAGGCCCUGAUUCCACUUAGCCAAGAGGCGCAUACCAGGACCUGGAAGACAACCCCAGGAAGACCUGGGGGUCUGUUCCACAGAGAUGGAACUUGGACUUGGAGGCCUCUCCGCGCUGUCCCACUGCCCCUGGCCUAGGCGGCAGGAGCCCAUGCCCGGCCUGAUCUCAGCCCGAGGACAACCCCUCCUCGAGGUCCUUCCUCCCCAAGCCCACCUGGGCGCCCUCUUUCUCCCUGAGGCUCCACUUGGUCUCUCCGCGCAGCCUGCCCUGUGGCCCACCCUGGCCGCUCUGGCUCUGCUGAGCAGCGUCGCAGAGGCCUCCCUGGGCCCCGCGCCCCGCAGCCCUGGCCCCCGCGAAGGCCCCGCGCCUGUCCUGGCGUCCCCCGCCGGCCACCUGCCGGGAGGACGCACGGCCCGCUGGUGCAGUGGAAGAGCCCGGCGGCCGCCGCCGCAGCCUUCUCGGCCUGCGCCCCCGCCGCCCGCGCCCCCAUCUGCUCCUCCCCGCGGGAGCCGCGCGGCGCGGGCUGGGGGCCCGGGCAGCCACGUUCGGGCAGCAGGGGCGCGGGGCUGCCGCCUGCGCUCACAGCUGGUGCCGGUGCGCGCGCUCGGCCUGGGCCACCGCUCGGACGAGCUGGUGCGUUUCCGCUUCUGCAGCGGCUCCUGCCGCCGCGCGCGCUCUCCACACGACCUCAGCCUGGCCAGCCUACUGGGCGCCGGGGCCCUGCGACCGCCCCCGGGCUCCCGGCCCGUCAGCCAGCCCUGCUGCCGACCCACGCGCUACGAAGCAGUCUCCUUCAUGGACGUCAACAGCACCUGGAGAACCGUGGACCGCCUCUCGGCCACCGCCUGCGGCUGCCUGGGCUGAGGGCUCGCUCCAGGGCUUUGCAGACUGGACCCUUACCGGUGGCUCUUCCUGCCUGGGACCCUCCCGCAGAGUCCCACUAGCCAGCGGCCUCAGCAGGCACGGAGGCCUCAGAGCUGAGAGGCCCCUGCCGGUGAGUGAUGGACAUCAUCCCCGGAGAGGUGAAGGGACAACUGACUGGCAGUCCCAGAGCCCUCACCCUGCGGAUCCCAGCCUAAAAUACAUCAGAGACCUCAGCUAUGGCGCCCUUCGGACCCACUUCUCACAGACUCUGGCACUGGCCAGGCCUCGAACCUGGGACCCCUCCUCUGAUGAACUCUAUAGUGGCUGAGGCAUCAGCCCCUGCCCAGGCCCUGUAGGGACAGCAUUUGAAAGACACAUAUUGCAGUUGCUUGGCUGAAAGUGCCUGUGCUGGAACUGGCCUGUACUCACUCGUGGGAGCUGGCCCCUAUUUAUUAUUUCUAAGUUAUUUAUUUA